UUCAGUCAGACAGGUGGUCAAGGCAGUGUGUGGGGGUAUAUAAGGAAGCUCCUCCACCAGCCAGACAUCAUCGUCCUCGACGCCUCACCACACACCAGACAUGAAGCUCGCAAUCCUCGCCUGCCUGGCCACCGUGGCCAUGGCCGCCCCUCAGCUCCAGCAAGGCCUCCCAGUAGUACAGGUCCUCCGUGAUGAACGUCAACAGGACGAUAAUGGCAACUUCAACUACGCCCUGGAGACUGACAACGGCAUCUACAUGGCAGCCUCUGGCGUCCAGGGCUCACAGGGACAGAUCAACAUUGAGGGCUCCUACAGACUCCCUGACAACGAAGGCGGCUUCCAAGAGGUCCGCUACGUCGCCAAUGAGUUCGGUGUCCAGGCCCAGUCCCCCCUGCUGCCCACUCCCCACCCACUCCCAGCCCACGCCCAGGAACUGAUCCGCAUCGCCGAGGAGUUGAGGAGUCAGGGCGUCGUGUUUGACCAGAAUGGCUUUAGAGUAAACAGAAAGUAAACACAUUCUGACGAGCACUACACCACAGUCCACCAACUAUGUAAAUUUACUUCCAAUUAACACAUGUGCAAAUAAAUAAAAAAAAAUUACAUU